AAAACGUUAGCUCUUUUUUAACAAAGUCCUCUGUCUCAACAGACUUGGAAACUUUUAUGACAAAUAUAUAUAUAUAAAUAGUGAAUUAAAAAAUCCGCCCCCAUUUAGUACUCGCGAUUGGUGAAUUAACAUGACAAUCACCAUCGUUAAAUGAACAAACAUUAAUAAUUCAUUGUCUUAUGUUUUGUUUUAUUUUAAACAAAAACAAUGUACAUAAAAAGAGAAAAGAUAAUUGUUUUAAUCCAAUUGUAUUAUGUAGUGAUUUAAUUUAAUUUUAUUUAAGAAGGCAAAGUUUUAAAUUGUGAUGAUCAAUAACUAAUAAAUAGAAUUUGUCAAGAUGAUUUUUUAUUCGUGAUAAUAAUAAUAAUAAAUUUCUCCAUGGCGCUUCGUAUGAUGUCAGCAAUAGUACCAGGUUCCCAGAGCACAGAAUCAAACAUUGAAGCAAACAAUCCAGUAGAUAGAUUCAAACUACAAGAAGAUCUUUUAGCAGCAGCUAAAUUAUGUCAUGUACGAUUUGGUGGUCGUAUGGAAUUAGCAACAGAGACAGAUCAAUGUGUAUCGAGGCUUUGUUAUUCAUUUGAGUCAAUAUUCCGUCACGGAUUACGCUCUAAAUCCGUUGACAAGCUCAAUUCAGCUCUCAGACACGUGUCUGAUUUGGUGACGGGAGCGACAACACGAAGUGACGCAGCAUUCUGGCCUUGUAUCAAAGAACAAUUGACCUGGCAUGAACAAGAACGAUUCACGGUACUGAGAAAUAUUCACACUGAUUAUGGACGUGGACGCGCUUGGUUAAGAGCAGCCUUGAAUGAACGUUCACUUGAACGUCAUUUGCUGUCAAUAAUAAACUCAAAUACUUUGGCGCCGUUCUACGAAGACUGGGCAUUUCUUUUGGAUCAAGAAAGAUCUGCAGUACUACCGACAGUAGCUGCUGGUCUGGGUACUAUAGUAUUUGCGAUACGCGUUGAUAACGAAGAACUUGAUCAGCGAACAGAGAAUGGUGAAAUUGGUAAAUGCAAAUCAUCCCAAUCAGAGCCGAUUAUUUCUGUAGGAAUUGUUGAGUCAAAUACAAAUCGUGAUAGAGUUAGAAAAAAAGUGCCAAUGCAUAUAAUAUCAUUUGAUAAUGACGAGGAUGAGAGAGGUGUAAUUGAUAUUACUGGCGUAUCAAUUAGUGCACCGCCUACUUGUUUAAAUUCUCCUACUGCUCUUACUGCUGUUACUUCUUUAACUAAUCCCGACAAUUUAGAACAAGAAUCGUUAGAUCUUGAUAAAUCUGAAUCUCAUACUGAAGACACUGCUGGUACAUUAGAUUUUACGUCAAAUACUAGUACAAGUUGGGUUAGAAAUGAAUGUCCGGAAGAAGAACGUGUGCUGACUCCACUUACUGACGUUGGUAGCAUGGGUGGAUUAGUUCCUGUAUCACCGUUAGAUCAAACUCUAGACGAUAUGCUAGUAACUCUACCAAAUUACAUUGACGACGCGUCUGAACUUACGGAAAACGCCGUCGAGGCAAUCGAACCCCUUGGAUUGGAUCCACAUGUAGACGCCAGUGAGUUGGAUACUGAAGCUCUUCGAGUACGGCUUCUUGCUAUGGGAGAAGUCCUCGAACAGGCUAAAGAAGACGCGGUUACGAGCAGACUUCAGCUCGCGCGUUUUCAACGGCAACACCAAAAUUACUUAGAGCGCCAUGAAGUUCAGUUGCAAGCUUUGAAUCGCGAGAAUGAACUUCUGAGGCAGCAGUUGAGGAAGUACGUCACCGCCGUACAGAUGUUGAGGCGAGAUUCCGAUGCCACCUUGUCUGAAGACGAACAAUCGAGAGAUUAUCACUACGAGGCUGAGCAGUAUCAAGAGAAGUUGGUCCAGGUUGCCGAAAUGCAUGCCGAGUUGAUGGAAUUCAACGCGCGGUUGACAAUGCAGUUGACUAAUCGUGAUAAUUUAGUUAAGAGGCUGCAAGCUGAGCUCGAAUGUCUUCGCGGUCCACUUAAUGAAGAAGAUAUGCCCGCUGAUCCGCCUUGUUUUAUUAACAUCUGGAUCCCAUCGGCUUUUCUCACGGGACAGGCUUCUGACGUCCAUCAUGUCUAUCAGAUUUACGUACGUAUCAGAGACAUGGAAUGGAAUAUUUAUCGGCGGUACGCACAAUUCUACACUCUCUACAGAGAGUUAAAGAAACAUGAUGCCGUGGUAACGACUUUUGAAUUUCCUCCAAAAAAAACUUUGGGUAAUAAGGACGCAAAGUUUGUCGAAGAAAGAAGACAAAAGUUGCAGCAAUGGUUGAGACGAGUCGUUGGACGAUUGGCUCAAUGUUCUCCUGCAUUUACCAUACGGCCUACUAAGCAAACUUUGAUUUCAUUGAUGCCAUUCUUUGGCGAUCAGACGAAUAAUGAAGAAAGAAAGUCGAGGAAUAAUUUAUCGUCUUCUCCUCAAUACAUGGGCCUGUGAAUUAUUUCAAGCUUUAAUUGUACAUACCAAGUUUAUGUAUAUAAUAGAUAAAUUUAUAUACAAUACAAAUAUAUAGUACUACUACUAUUAUUAUUAUAUAUAUAUACAUGAGAAAUUAUUGUAAAGAAAUGAUAGAUUUCUUCUUAAUCUACUUAAUUAUUAUUCUAAAAUAGAAAAAUAAUUUUAUUGGAAAUGGUAAACUGUUCGAUGUAUUAGAGUCUAAUAACUCGUUUGUACAGUAUUGUUUUAUUGUAUAAAUUUUAAAAUGUAUUAAAUUGAUUUAUUAAAAGCUGGCCUUUUAUAUAGAAGGACUAAUUGGUUAUAAAAAUAA